UCUAACUCUAAACUUACACACUGACCACGAUUUUGGGUGACUCACGCCGUAGCAUUCUGCGGUCUGUAUUUAUCCAGACGGCCUGUAUAGGGUCCCGCACCUUGACGUAUCCGUAGUACUGCAUUCUUGUCUGAACCGCAACGUUCAGACCAUUCUGUGUAUGAUUAAUGUCGGCCACCAAUGCUGAAAGAGGCGGGCAACGCGAGGUUAAACUUGAGACUUCGCCACCAGAGCCAAAGAUAGGUAAUAAGCGACAGAGAGAAGAUGAUGGCUCUGCAGAAGGCGGACCAAAGCUACGACAAGCUGUUAUACCAACGGGUCAGAAUGACGCGCUGCUAAUUAGCGACUUGCAAUGGUGGACUACAGAUGAGGACCUCCGUCAGGUGGCGCAGAGCGUCGGAGUAAACCUUGAACAUAAGAGCGUCACCUUUUCGGAACAUAAAAUUAAUGGGAAGAGUAAAGGACAGGCGUAUGUAGAGUGCGGGUCAUACGAAAACGCGGUCAUUCUUAGGAAUUGGUUUUCUACCAAUGAAUUCCAGAAUCGCUGGGUCACGACCGAGUUCGCAUCGAGUAGUCAUGGUAAUCCGUACCGUACAUUACCCAAGGAACCAGUUGCGCGUGUGGCUCAGAAUAGCAACAUUGGGAGGGGUGGUGGGCCCAAUUUCCGUGGAAGGGGAAGAGGCAUGAUGCCCAACACGGGGAUGGGCAUGAACAUGGGGAUGCCAAACAUGGGGAUGGGCAUGCCCAAUGUGGGUAUGGGCGGGGGAUACAUGAUGGGAGGCGGGACGGGAGGUGGCUUUCAAGGACAAGGGGGCAUGAUGAACCGAGGGGGUAUGAUGAAUGACCGCAGUAUGGGUAUGAGAAUGAUGAACCCCGUUCAACAUGGAGGCAUGCCUCAGGGUCAAGGACAUGUCAAUCCUGUUUUCAUGCAAGGCGGUGGCGGAAUACCGGAUGGGCCACGGAAAAGGCCACGAUUGGAUGAAUGAGAGUAGGGACUACCUUUUUUAAAAAUUGCUCUGAUUGUUUGCUGUCUUGCACUUGCUUCCUCGCUCACUGCUAUCUAGUACUAGUCGUAUUGUCGGCUCUCACGUUAUAAAUAAUAAUGGAAGGAUUUCUACUCACUUGAAUA